AUGAAUAAGAAAUCUGAAUAUACUUUUGAAUAAUAAAAGUAAUCCCAAUAAAAGUUACAAUCAAUCCAUCAGUAAUGUUAAAUUGCAACAAAAAAAAUUAGACAAGGUUUGUUAGAAGGAGGUUCAAUAAAAAUGUAAAACCAAGAAAUUAUGGGCAUUUUCAAGUACUUCUUUUUUUUAAUCCAAGCGAUAUUUAUAAAUUGACAGAGGAUGCUGGAAAGAAUUAAAAUUCAUAAAAUUAGAUUAAAGUUAAAAGUGGGGAAAGUAUUGAGGAAUAAUUAAUAAAUUAUUUUAAAGGUUUCUUGUAAGAAUUCAUUACUGAUAUUUAUCAAAAGUUUAAUGAAUUUAAAGAUGAGAAGGAGAGUGUAUGAAUAAGUAUUUUAUAUUCAGGUACUCUAUAUUGUUUCAAAAACAUAUCAUGAUUACAAGGCUUAUUCAUAUUGGCUUUACAAAAUGUUUUCUUAUUUGGAUAUAUUUGCCAUGCCAUAAAUUCAUACAAAUUUAUCUAGCACCUCAUUAAAAUUAUUUAAAGAAGGAUAUUUUGAUAAAUGCAAUAAGCUGAUUUUGAAUACAAUUUUAUAAUUUAUUUAGGAAACAAGAAAGAAUGGAAUAUUAUUGAAUAAAUAAAUCAAACAACUCAUUCAGCUAUUUUCUGUCAUGGGUUCUAAAGAGGUUGAAUUAAAGCAUAUGAAAGAAGUUGGUGAAUAUGAUUAUGUUUGCAAAAAGUAAUAGGAUGCAUCAAUUUUUUAUAAAGACUAAUUUUAAUCACAUUUAUUGUAAGAAGUAAAUUUUAAUGAUAUGCAUAGACUUAAAAAUAUUAUAAAGAGGAAAUAGAUGAUAAGUAAAAGUUUACUACUCCAGAGUUUAUAAAUUGGGGAAAUUCCAUUUUUAAACUAGAAUUAGAUAUGUGUAUAGAAUGCUAUCCAAAGAGUUAGUUAGUAAUAGAAAAUAAACUAAAAAUGAUGUUGGUUAAAGAUUAGGCAUCUAGAUUGAUCAAUUCCCCUACAGGAGUAGGUUAUAUGUUGCAAUAUGACAGAACUGAAGAAUUGAAAUAAUUAUUUUUAUACAUUCUUCGAUCUAAGGAAUGCAUAAGUCAUCUAGCUAAAGCUUAUCAAAAUUAUUUUGAAUAAUAAGGAUAAAUAAUUAAUAAUUCUAUUGAAUAAGAAUAAUAAUAAUAAAAGGAUGGUCGUUAACCACGUAAUUAUAAUGAUUAUUUAAUCAUUUUUAGAUGAGGCCGAGCUUUACUUCACUAGAAUUUUAGAAAUAAUGGAAAUAGCCUAAAAUAUAUUAAAACAACAAUUGUAUGACGAACCAGAAAUUUAAAAAUCCUAUAGUGGAGCUUUUAUGUGUGUUAUCAAUAAAAAUGAGAAAUCUCCAAUGUGGUUGGCCAUUUAUACAGAUAUAAUCAUAAGAAGUGAGAAAGGAGUAAAUGAGAUGGAAACUGAUAAAAGAUUGAGCAAGAUUGUUUCUCUUUUUCAAUUACUUUAUCAAAGAGAUGUUUUCUUUAGACAUUAUUAAAAAUUCUUAUCUAAUAGAUUGCUUAAUUAAUAGAUAUAAAAUCUUUAAUUAGAAAAGUAACUAUUGUAAAAAUUCAAAGGGGAAACUGGUACUAAUGUUCUGUAAGAUUUUUAAAUAUGUUUAGAACUUAAUUAUCCAGUAUGAUUAAUGAUAUUGAACAAUCUAAUAGAUUUGCCAGUGAUCAAUAAAUUAGCAAAAAUACUAAAUUCGAUUUGAAUGUGUUUUUGCUUUCUCAAGGUUGUUGGCCAAUCACAACUAUUUUAGAUAAUAUCAUUAAGCCACCUCAAAUUUAAAAUGUUUUGGAGUAUAAAUUAAGUUAAUAUUUUAUUUAGGAAUUAUGAGAAGUUAUAUUUAGUUAAACACAAUGGAAGAAUACUUACUUGGUGUUUAAAUAUGGGGCAAGGUGAAUUAAUAUAUAAAAUUUAAACAGAAAAAUACUACUUGAAUGUAAAUACAAUUUAAAUGGUUGCUUUCCUUUAAUUCAAUAAAAAAGAUUCAUUUACAAUCAAAGAUUUCUUGGAUAUGACUAAAAUAGAUAAGAUAGAUUUAGAAAACUCAUUGAUCCCUUUCGUUUGUAUGAAGAUCAUUUCAAGAGAAAAAUAGGAUAUUGAAGAAUUUACAGAUGAUAAUGAAGUUCUAAAACUAAACUUGGGUUUCUCUAAUAGAGCAAAAAAAAUGAAAUUGCUACCUAAUCAAAAAAUGUAGCCAAAAAGAGCUGUAAAACAAAUUAAUUAUAUUUCUAGAAUAAAGUUAAGGAAUAAAAUUAAGAGGAAUUAUAAUAGAUGGAAUAAUUAAACAAACAAAGAGAAUUUGUUGUGGAUUCUCAAUUAGUUAGAUUGAUGAAAUCUAAAAAAACAAUUAAGCAUCAUGAAUUGCUUGAAAAUUGCUAAUCUAUGAUUUCAAUAUUUAAACCUGAUGUGUUAUUUAUAAAAAAAAGAAUAGAAAAUUUAAUUGAAAGAGAUUAUAUUAGAAGAGAUGAAAAAGACUGGUAUUUAUCAAUUAUUUAAAUUUAUUAGGAAUAUUUAUCAUUAUUAGAAUUGA